AUGGUCAACCUCACCUCCACCGAUGGCAAGACCCACGGGCAAGAGGAAGAAGCUGUGACCCACAGCGCCAAGACCUCUGAUGCAGACACUACGAACGGUGAGGAGAGCUCGACCAAGAAGGCAAAGAGCUUAGCCAAGACCACUACCAAGUCGUUCCAUAUCAUGGUCGCUGGCUACAAUGGUGCUGCAACUCCCUACACAUUCACUCCUCCCUCGAGUCUGGUCGUUGCUGGCAAUACGCUCCAGCACGAGAUGGCAGGUGACCAGCCUUCGUGGGCCAGCUUCUACAGCAACCAGUCCAUGGCUUACAUUACUGGAGAAAAUGAGCCUGGGAGAGUAUAUGCGGUGAAUAUCACCAAGGUCACACCCAAGAAGGAAGGCUCGGCCAAGACGCUUUCCCUCAAGGUGCUCGGUGGUGGAGGAUCGGAUGGAGGCGCUGUGACUGGGGGCGACGGCCCCGUUGCAAGCUGCAUUGCCCGUGGUAUCCUGUUCAUUGCAAACUACGGCUCAGGCUCUGCUUCGGCUCUGCAGCUCGACGAGGACGGCAGUAUCGUCGACGACGAUGCACCGAGCGCACUCUUCAACUUCACUCGUGUGCCCGAGGGAUCCAUUGGCCCUGUUGCCUCGCGCCAGGAUCACUCUUAUGCUCAUCAGGUCGCUGCUGACCCUUCGGAGAGAUGGGUUUAUGUGCCUGAUCUUGGUGCGGACAUGAUUCACCGAUUAAGCAUCCCCGAGUCGGGGUCUGCCUGUGAGGUCGAUGUCGUAGGGAGUACAAAGGUCGCUGCUGGUAGUGGGCCAAGACAUAUCGCCUUCUAUCGCAAGAAAGCAGGCGAUCACAUCUAUGCCUACCUUGCUUCGGAGCUCAGCACGACGCUCACUGCCUUUCGUGUGCACGAAAGCGAUGGCGAUCUUCAAAUCAUUGGGAAGCCCGUAUUCGCUCUGCCUGCCGGUACUGAUCCAGGCGCAAACAAGGAGAAUGGCAACACUAGAACCACCAGUGAGGUUGCCGUCUCGCCCGAUGGCAACUUCGUGUAUGUUGGCACUAGGGGCGAUCCCAAGGAAGAUCACGUUGCAGUCUUCAAGAGGAACAGCAGUGACGGGAGCGUUGUAUUCAAGCAGUGGUAUCACUCUGGAGGCAAGAAUUUGAGACACUUUUCUCUCUCCCCCGACGCUGACGCUCUGUACCUUGCAGCUGCUCACCAGGAUUCUGGAAGCGUCACCAUCCUCGCUCGAAACAAGACGGAUGGUUCCCUCACCAAGACUUCUGCCGUCAUCUCAGACUUUGAGCAGGUCGCCUUUGCUGGCUUCUUUACGGGAGCCGCGGCCGACUUGUGA